GCAUAUUUCAUUUUCCACUUGCCAUUAUAAGUUAGAGGUGAUAACAAAAAAAAAAAAGAGAGAAGCCUAACUUGUCUUAAACUGAAAUGGGAAAAGAAUGGCACAAGGGAGGAAGAUCCAUUUGUUCCUCUAAAAGCAAGGAAAAAUCCAAUGAAGCUAGUGGCUGCAUCACUGCUCUUUACCACUUUUUUCAUUCCCACCAUUUUUACUUUCCUUCACGUCAUCAUCACCACCAGCCUAGUAUUGAUUCUCCUUCCAGAAAUCCUAAAGGAUUGGUGGCGCCACGAAACAGCUUGGACUUAACAGAGGAGUCUCCAUUAUCAACAAACUACAAGCUGGAAAAAGAAAUCUUGAACAUUCAUGUGGGCGGGAAGAAGUCAACACUUAGAGCACUUCUCAUUGACAAAUCCUCUAGUAACUGCAACUCACCUCGCAUCAAGACACCAGGUCCAAACGUGGUGGCUAGACUCAUGGGUCUUGAUCUUCUUCCAGAUAACUUCGACCUUAAUAGAUCACCAAGGGUUGGAGUAAGAGGACAUAGACUCUCCGGGAAUGGCUCAGGGACAAGAUCAUUACCUGUAAGCCCUAGGAUCUCCUCUGAUUCUGACCAUCGUCGCCUCUCUCUUCAGCUAAACAUAGAGAAUACUAAGCAUGAUGAAGAGUUUGCACGUAAGAGGUUGAAAGAGUUGAAACAAGAUGGGGGAAGUCGAAGUCCCAGACGUAGUAGGAAGCAGAUAAAACAGAGUACACCCACCAUCAGAAAUUUUGGUAUGGAUAUAACAAACUUGCUUGAGAACACAAGGGCAGGAGCAGCACAAAACAAGAUCGAGUAUAGCAGGCUUUCACAUAAAGAGAACACAACAAGCACUAAUCCCACAUUAGUGUUAAGACAAGAUCACAUCUCUCAGAAACGACCAACAAAGGUGACCCUCAAGGAGAACUUGAAAGGAAUAAAAGAAUCAGAACUAUCUCCUCAUCCAACACCCAAAACUCGAAAUAAGCAGAGGACGGCCUUCAAGAAUAUAUCAACACACGUGAAAUCUGAUAGCUGUGAUCUUUUAGGGAAGAAGAAAUGCAAGAAAAUCUCAAAAUCAAAUGAUACUAGUGUCAACAUCUCUGUAGCAUCAUCAGCUUUCUCUGUUACAGAACGUCCUCUGAAACAGAUGCAUAGAGAUGAAGAACCAGAGCGGAAUACAGAUGCGACGAUAUGCUCUGUUCAGAUGUACAAAUACGAGAAGAAGCUCAAUCAAGAACCGCCAAGAUUCAAUUUUUACGACUCGACCACCAUUUCUGCCACCUUAACCAACCCAGGAGGAACCGUUGCGGAGAUGAAGAAACUUAAAGAGGAAGAGGAAAGGGUCGUCGCAGAGAUUGAGAGGCAUAUCGUAGACGCCCUCGUGCAUGAAACGGUGGAAACGAUGUCGUUUCUCGAUUUAAACGCAAACGCUAUUAGAUGUGUGGAACGCCGUCAGGACUUGUUGGCGGCUAUUCUAAAACAGCGUCUGCGUUUUAACCCUAACAAUGUGCGUUUUACAUCUCGCUAA